AACCAUCACAUUCUGGCCGGUGAGGGGCUGCCAUGCUGCAGAGAUCCCUCUCAUCUUGCUCGGCUGCGGGGCCCCGGCCUGAGGCGACCGACUCCCCCAUGGAGAGAGAAAAGGAACAGUUCCGUAAACUGUUUAUUGGACGCCUAAGCUUUGAAACGACAGAAGAAAGUUUGAGAAACUACUAUGAACAAUGGGGGAAACUCACAGACUGCGUGGUCAUGAGGGAUCCUGCAAGCAAAAGAUCAAGGGGAUUUGGUUUUGUAACAUUUUCAUCUAUGGCUGAAGUGGAUGCAGCCAUGUCUGCAAGACCUCAUUCAAUUGAUGGAAGAGUGGUUGAGCCCAAAAGAGCGGUAGCCAGAGAGGAAACUGGAAAACCUGGUGCUCACGUUACUGUGAAGAAACUGUUUGUUGGUGGAAUUAAAGAAGACACUGAGGAACAUCACCUUAGAGAUUACUUUGAGGAAUAUGGGAAAAUUGAUACUAUUGAAAUAAUUACAGAUAGACAGUCUGGUAAAAAAAGGGGCUUUGGUUUUGUUACAUUUGAUGACCAUGAUCCUGUGGAUAAAAUUGUAUUGCAAAAAUACCACACCAUCAAUGGCCAUAACACAGAAGUAAGAAAAGCGUUAUCUAGACAAGAGAUGCAGGAAGUUCAGAGUUCUAGGAGCGGAAGAGGAGGAAACUUUGGUUUUGGGGAUCCCCAUGGCGGUGGUGGAAAUUUUGGACCAGGCCCAGGAAGCAAUUUUAGAGAGGGAUCUGAUGGAUACAGACGUGGUCGUGGUUUCGGAGAUGGUUACAAUGGAUAUGGAGGAGGACCAGGAGGUGGCAAUUUUGGAGGUAGUCCUGGUUAUGGAGGAGGAAGAGGAGGAUAUGGUGGUGGAGGACCUGGCUAUGGCAACCAGGGUGGGGGCUACAGAGGUGGUUAUGACAACUAUGGAGGAGGCAAUUAUGGAAGUGGGAACUACAAUGAUUUUGGAAACUAUAAUCAGCAACCUUCAAACUAUGGUCCAAUGAAGAGUGGAAACUUUGGUGGUAGCAGGAACAUGGGGAGACCAUAUGGUGGAGGAAACUAUGGUCCAGGAGGCAGUGGAGGAAGUGGGGGUUAUGGAGGGAGGAGCCGCUAUUGAGCUCUUCUGCCUGUUUGCCAUGGGCUUCACUGUAUAAAUAGGAGAGGAUGAGAGCCCAGAGGUAACAGAACAGCUUCAGGUUAUCGAAAUAACAAUGUUAAGGAAACUCUUAUCUCAGUCAUGCAUAAAUAUGCAGUGAUAUGGCAGAAGACACCAGAGCAGAUGCAGAGAGCCAUUUUGUGAAUGGAUUGGAUUAUUUAAUAACAUUACCUUACUGUGGAGGAAGGAUUGUAAAAAAUACAAAAAACACACACAAAAAAAAAUGCCUUUGAGACAGUUUCUUAGCUUUUUAAUUGUUGUUUCUUUCUAGUGGUCUUUGUAAGAGUGUAGAAGCAUUCCUUCUUUGAUAAUAUUAAAUUUGUAAGUUUCAGGUGACAUGUGAAACCUUCUUUUUUAAGAUUUUUCUCAAAGUUUUGAAAA